CUUCCCCUUUUCUCAAUCAGGAGUUAUUGUUUGGGUAAAGUACCUGAUUUUCCUCAAACUAGGGUAUAAAAACUUAGCAAUCAAUUUUAAUACUCAGUUCGUCCCAAGCAUUUGAGAAGCACUCAAGAUGUUAAAAAUAACUGUCGUAUUAGGAGCUCUCCUAAUAGCGUUUGUUGUCGGAUCAACCAGUCAAAGGAUAAUUCUACCUACAUUCAGACCACCGCAUCGUCCUACAUUUAAACCUAUUAUACCUAAUAGUAUACUCCCGACAUACCGGCCACCACGGCGAGGCCCGAAUCUACUUCGCUAUGCCAGAGCAGCAGAUGAUAUACCACCAUCAGAAACCAAUAUUCCAAAUCUUGCAUCCAUACAUAAUGUGCAAUUCAGCGAUUCAACCAUUCCAGAUACCCACCAAGAAUAUCAAGAGAUUAGCCAAAGAAACGCUCGCAGCGUUGAUUCACCCGACGCCAAGCGCGGUGGUGGCAGUCCCAGGACAUCUACUGGCAGCAGGGACAAUGGUCCAACACACCCAGGCCACAACAGGCGCAAUGCAAGGGAUAUAAAAAAUCCUGGACUUAUGAAUACUCAUCAACCAAAGCCUAUUUUCCCGCGUCCUAGCAUCCCGGAAUCCGUUACCCGUACUCCUAUAUUAGCGAGGACAGCGCGUGAAAUUCAAAUCCCUGGAAUAAAGAAACCUACACAUCGAGAUGUAAUAAUUCCAAACUGGAAUCCUAAUGUCAAAAGUAACCCCUGGGAUAGUCUUAACGGUAGACGUCAUAAAAGAAGCCUCGACGAAGAGAUGAUGGGUAGCAACGCAUAUGAAGCUCACCCGCGUCUGAGGAGGAGUCCUAAAAAGAAACCUCGCCGUGUUGUAAUUAUAAUAAUUCGAAAAAAGAAACAUUAAGAAAAUAAAGUGGCUCUUUUUUGAUGCAUCAUCAAACUCCGCGAUUGUUAUACCAUAUAGGGUCCUAGCUAAAUUGGUUGGUUCAUACUUACACUAUGUAAUGUCCAAUUUAGCUAGAUCUCUAAAUGUCAUAACAAUCACGGAGUGUGACUGUACGUAGACAUACGUCUAUAUAAAUAUUUAUCCAAAUAAAUGCUUAAUAAACUU